AUGUUUACACCAAAGCCACAGCUGAGCCUGGGCACGUCGCUGGACGGUCCUCAUCCCCCAGUGGUCAACAUCCCCGCCGAGGUUCGUCGCUCGUACAAAGUCAAGGAUGCCUACAGCAAAGCCCUGGACGAACAUGGCCCCGUCAUCAUGGUGCCCAGGCACGGGCGCAACGAAUACGUCAUCGAUCACCGGUACGCCAACGUGGUCCUGACAGACACCAAGCAGUUCACCUUUGAGAAGGCGGUCUUUGACCUGCUUCAUUUUGGCUUCCUUGCCAUAGCCGACAAUGGCGCCUUUGUUCACGACAUAGACCAGAUCGUGGAGGGGAAUGUGCAAACUCGAAUGAACGCCAUCAUCGCAAAGAUCUUCCCCGUUUUUCGGCAGUACUUUGACCGCAUGGAGGACGAGGUGCCCAAGCCGGGCGAGACCAAGGAAUACACCACCUUCAACGACAUGUUCGCCCGGAUGCAGCUCGCCGUCGCACACGCAAUGGUCGUCAUGGUCAUCGGCGAGGAGCACGCCGGUCCGGAAAUGGCCGGCCACUUUGCGGCCGUCGCCGUUGCCAUGGCCCGCAUGACGGGAAUGGACGAGAGCACGGACGAAUGGUCCUGGUUUCCCAAGCUUUGGGUCAUGUUCAACGGACUCUCUGCCAUCUGCCUCACCAUCGUCCCUCGACUCUUCUUCACGGUCGCGCCUCUGCUGUGGAAGACCCGCCGAGAACACCUCGCCAGCGGCCUGGCCUCCCGCCACGGCACGUACGUGCCGCUCUUUGACCUCCUCCUGGUGAAACACUACCACGAGAAGCGGGGGCUGUGGGCUCUCCUGGGCUUCUUUCGAUGUCUCAUCAUCGUCACCGGUCUCAUCUUCGCCUCGAUCCACCAGACCGUCGUCGGCGGCCUGUGGCAGCUCGUCAAGCUGACGGAAAAGCAAGACGAGUACCUCGCGGCCAUCCGCGCCGAGUUCGAGGCCGUCAACCCGCAGGGCGAGGAGUUGACGGUUCCCAAGCUGAGCCGGCUGCGGCUGCUCGACUCGUUCAUACGCGAGGUGUUCAGAACCAAGGGCGACUGCUGGGGGCCCGUGAGGGAGACCACGCAACCGGUGCGCGUGGGCCCCUACGUGAUCCCCAAGGGGGCCAUGUGCAUCGUCUUGAUCGGCCGGGCACAUCAGCACCCGGACAACUACGGACCCGACGGCAACAAGUUUGACGGACGCCAGUGGGCGGAGAAGGCCAAGCCCGCCGGUCAGACGUCGUACGACUAUCUCCCCUUUGGCCACGGCCGCUGGGCCUGCCCGGGUCGACACCUCGCCAUCCACGAGAUCAAGAUCAUGCUUUAUUUUCUCUUUUCGAAGUUUGACAUCAAACUCCGCGCCAACACCUACCGCGUCAGGAACACCAUCAACACCACUACAGUCCCCCCCGAAGCAACCUUCCUUGUAAGACGGAGGAUGAACACCGAGUACAACAGUACAGUGUGA